GGUCAAUAAACAACACCGUUAGCUUCCAGUGGAUGGAGGGACGACAUUAGCAUGGUUUUGCAUUGUAGAGGGACGACAGGUAGAGUUAAUUAAUAGUAGAGGGACGACUUGAAGCCAAUCCAUAGUAGAAGCAAUGGAAUGCUUUGGUUUAAUUUUUGUUGUUCAAUAUCUCUAAGUAGUGAAAGUAUAGGCAGAUGGAUCUUUAAAUGGGUUCUUUCGCACAUUCUGUUACAGUAUGUAUUUCUACUGUCAUGAAUUUUCAUUGUUGUAACUGGCUGCAUUUCUGUCAGGAUAAGAACAGUUGAUGCAGUUAUAAUUUACUCAUUCUCAUGCUGAUGCAAUUGGAGGUCUUGAACACAAAUACAUCAACUCUUUAUGGCAAUGCAUUAAUUUUUACUUCUUGCUCUUAUUUUCAUGUAGAUGUUCUCAUCAUCCAGAAUUGAAGUUUUUAUGUUUUGUCCUCCCCCAGGUCUUGAUAAUCUUCAUGAUUGGACUAACAAUGUGCAACCCUACUUCCCAAUAUAUGUUGCAAGGCGUGAUUUUGAGUUCCAAGGCCCUGUUCUACUUCUGUUGCUACAAUAGAAAAAUGUGAUGAGGAAGACUCAUUGUUAUUUGGCAGACACAAGUGUGAUUAUACCUGGUGCUGCUGUCUAGGAGUUGCAAUUUAAUAUCAUACAUGACGAGCCAUUCAUUGUACAUGAUCUAAACGUGAUGACAUAAUAUCUUGGUAUGAAUUUUAGUUCCUUCAUUGUGAUACGGUGUUUCUCUAUUGUAAGUUUGAUUUCAGAUAGCUUUUCUCUUUCUCCUGCUGCUCAUGCAUUUCGUAGUGUACCAAAAGAGUUCAUGACCAAAGUGGUUAUUCUUUUACAAGUGCUUAUAUGUCAGUUUGUGAAAUUGACUGUGGUGAAUUGGAUACAGAAAAUUAACUAUGAGUACAUUU